CUUGGCGGGUGGCAUGGCAGAGCCGUCUAGUGGAUUCGUGACUCCCACGGGGUGGUUUCCAAACCCCGAGCUGACCCCAACGUUGGGGCCUCUGAGCGGAAGUACCCCGCUGCCAAACAACUGGAUGGUCUGGGCAAUGCUGCCGCCGCCACCACCGCCUUCGUCUUCCCCCUCUGCGGCCGGAUCAGAGCCUUCGUCGGAGGCGCAGCCCCCCAUGGAGGCCCAGGCUCUCCCCGAAGCGCCUCCCCCAUUCGACACCCAGAUUCUUUCUGGGGCGCAGCCCCCCUUCGACGCCAAGUCCCUCCUUGAUUCUCAGCCUCAAUUCAACGGCCAGCCUUCCUGGAAUUUCCAGGCUUCGACAUCGUGGUACUGGAAACAGCCUUGUGGUGUUUUUCCUCAGCAUCAGAAGUCCAACAACACUCCGGUUAAACAUUCUUAUUUUCCACGAAAAUAUGAUGCAGAGUUCACUGACUUCAACUUCCCUCCCACUAGAAAACAGAAAAAAAAGAAAAGAAAGGAACCAGUUUUUCACUAUUUUUGUGAUACCUGUGAUCGUGGCUUUAAAAAUCAAGAAAAGUAUGAUAAGCACAUGUCUGAACAUACGAAAUGUCCUGAAGCAGAUUGCUCUUUUAGUGCACAUGAGAAGAUUGUCCAGUUCCAUUGGAGAAAUAUGCAUGCUCCUGGUAUGAAGAAAAUCAAGUUAGAUACUCCAGAGGAGAUUGCAAGAUGGAGGGAAGAAAGAAGAAAAAACUACCCAACUCUGGCCAAUAUUGAAAGGAAGAAAAAGUUAAAACUUGAAAAAGAAAAGCGGGGAGAAGUAUUGACGACGACACAGUAUGGCAAGAUGAAGGGGAUGUCCAGACAUUCACAGAUGGCAAAGAUCAGAAGUCCUGGCAGACAUCACAAAUGGAAAAAUGGCCGUGCUGGAUGGAAAGCAGACAUUGGAUCAGGCAAUUCCUUGUGUGAUUCGAAGCCUGAAGGUCCACCUGAGGCAAAUGCAGACCCUCUGGGCGUUUUGGUAAACACGGAUUCUGAGUCUGAUAAAGAGGAGAAACCACAAAGGACUGUCAUACCCAAAGAAGUGACACCAGCCCUGUGCUCACUAAUGAGCAGCUAUGGCAGUCUCUCAGGGUCAGAGAGUGAGCCAGAAGAAGCUCCCAUCAAGACUGAGGCAGACAUUCUGGCGGAAGACCAGGUUCUUCAUAGCAGUACUCCUGAGAGACCAAGUCAAGAUGUUAAAGCGACUGUUAGAAAUUUCUCAGAAGCCAAGUAUGAGAGCCAAAAGAAAAGUUUUAAAAAGACAAACCUUAAGAGAAAAAACGAUUAUCACAACUAUAAAACAUUAUUUGAACCAAGAACACACCAUCCAUAUCUCCUGGAAAUGCUUUUAGCUCCGGACAUUCGACAUGAAAGGAAUGUGAUUUUGCAAUGUGUUCGAUACAUCAUCAAAAAAGACUUUUUUGGACUUAAUACUAAUUCUGCGAAAACUAAAGAUGUAUAGGCUUCUGAUGUUUCAGCAGUCAUAACUGAAGCGUGUGAAAUAGUGCCAUCCUCAAGUUAUUGGAGGAAAACCUUUUUUUAAAAACUGGAUUAGUAAUUAAAUUGUAAGCCUCAUGGGAUAUUAUGUUGGAUUUUCAAGUCUUUCCUUUGAAUCUAUGCAAAUAAAUCCGUAACUGAU